GGCUCUUCCGAUCCAUUGCCCUCUCGAUGUCAUUCCUUUCAAAAUCGUUUGCACUUACAACAGUACCGGUACGAGGGAGCGGACGAUGUCGAUCUUGGCGGGCAUGAUGAACCCAUCUCUGCUGGUGUGUUGGCUGGGUGUAAUCUUGGGUGCAGGUCACAAUGUUGCCCAUGCCUUUGUGGGGGGCCGCACAACGCAUACGGCGAGAGCGAAGACGACGGCAGCAACARUAAGGAAGGUUCAACAUUCCCUGAACGCUGCUCCGAAAAUAAAGCAGAGCCCGGAACAAAAGGCUCGGCGCAAAGAACUUUUGAAAAGAGACGGGCCAUACUUCAAAGUCGACAAACUGAGCGGAAACAUUGAAUUCGGCGCCGCCACCAAACUCGUGACGGAUCUCUCGCAAAACAAAGACGCCAACAAGGAAUCGAUCGAGGAAUGGUUGAGUGACAACGACGGAAAAGGAUUGGCACUCUCGAUUUGGGACGAAUCGCUGAUGGAGGUCUUGCCCGACAGCGUGUACCGUUUGCAGACCAUGCCCCUAAAGUUCGUAACGCUCGAACUCCAGCCGAGCGUCGAUCUGCAGAUGUGGACKCAACGGGCCGGGAAAAAUCGCGCAGGACGCCAGCUCCCACCGAUUUUCAAGCUCAACUCGGUCGGGUUCGAGACCAACCUGAGGCUUCUYCCGGGGAUGGGGRUCAUUAGCUCCGAAUCCCUCGGCAUAUUCAUCGAGGUGGCGGGAGACCUGCGUCCCACGGAAGACGGCACGGGGGUCAAGGGAACGAUUUCCUUCCAAACCAAGGGCUCGCUGCCACCACCCCUGCGGUUGUUGCCKGACUCAGCCUUGAAGUUGGCCGCUGAUACAAUUAACGAUACGAUCGUUCAGUUUGCAGUCGCGUCUUUUGAAAAGGGAGCAAUUGACAAGUACAAUGAAUUCAUGCAACAACGAUCCUAAAGCACUAYGAAUUAGACGAAGGACAGAUAGUUGACAUAAUUCACCGUCAAAAUAAAGCGUUGUCUCGAAA